AUGCGUCCGGGCAAGCCAGAGAGGCAGCGCCUCUUCCUGAUUUUUACCUUUGUUGCUACGAGAUUGGCGGUCAGCGUUUCAGCAGCCCCGGCUAACGACUGGUCGAAGCCAUGCUUUAACGGGGAAUGCGCGUACGAUCUCCCUGAGCAUAGUAACUCCGGUUUAGGCGCACUCAAAAUCUCUGGCUCCCCGAAAUCGAUUACGGACAUUACCUCUGCAGCUGGAUGGGUUGUCUUGGACUGCGACCCUCAUAUGCUAGAGCAAGAAAUUCGUCUCGUUUGUCAGUCCGACGAUGAUGUUGACGAUUCUGCUUGCAAUCAUGUCUUCGAACACUGGGGCCCGCAGGAUAAGAUCGUUAGGUUGCCUGAGAGCUGCGGGUCGGGCCCCUUUGCUCGUAUCGCAGCGGCGAGUGUAGCCACGAAUCAAGACCUCCCCGCGCAUGCCGAAGGUAAAGUAGUGAGGCGAAGCGGCACUCCACCUGUCAUCCACUCCUUCAAGAUCGACACUAACUUUGAUCUGGUCGACGUGGAGAAAGUCGGGCCAAUCAACUUCGCAUUCGUCGGCCUCACUUCACCCUCCCCUUCCGAAACCUUCACCAACCCGGACAUCGACCUCAACUUCGAAUUCGUCGAUAGCUGGUUCGACAAUGCCUUCCAAUCGGUUGGCACCUGGGUAUCCAAUGCUGCAACCACAACUGCGCAGGCUGUCACCGGCGCAGCCAAAGACGUCGCCAAAGCUGCUGAAAGAGUCGGGACUACCGUUGCAAAGGUAGCAGGCAGCGUAUUCAAAAAGAUCGAGGAAGUUGGCGGUCUUCUCGAGAACGCCACCCAUUUCGAAUUUGAGCCCACAGUCGCACUGGUUCCAGUCAAGUACAACGGAUCGGCAAGCUUAAUUGAUUACCACCCCCAGGGAUGUCCUGGAGGAGGUGGACCCGCGACCGGUGGUGUGGUCACUGGGGCGCUGAAGGUAGAUGUGACGGGUGUAGGCAACGGGAAUGUGAAAGCAGGCAUCAUUGUUGAUGGCGCGAUUGUCCCGCCGAAGAUUCAUAACUUCGCGGCUUUUGCAGGGUUAUCGUUCGACAUUGACGCGAGUGUUACUAUCAAGGCCGCAGUUUUUGGCGGGUACGAUUCUGGAAAAGUUUCGAUCAUCAAGCCAUUAAGUUUGCCUGGGUUUAGCAUUCCUGGUGUCCUCGCUGUUGGUCCCAUGAUUGAGCUCCAGGGCCAAGCAAAGGCAUUCCUGGACAUGAAGAUAGAUUCAGUCGUGCAUCUUGCCUACCAAGUUGAUGAUUGUAGGUGUCUUUUGCCUUGCUUUUGCCAUGAUGCUGACGAUUGGAACUGGCAUACAGUGGAACUGUGGUAUCCAAAGUCGAAGAAGAAAUCGACUGAGAAGGGCAUUAAUACUAAGCCGUCGCCCCUGAAACUCAAAGCCAAGGCUAAAGCGAAUGCUAAAGGUUACAUUGAAGGCCAUCUGAUCCCCACUCUUAGACUCGGCGUCUCAGCACUCGGCGGAAAGGCUGGAGCGGAUGUCUAUCUCGAAGCUGAUGCGUUCGCUCGAGUGAGCGUAAAGGCUGAAGCCCAUGGAAGCGCUACCGGCAAAGUCGCCGCCUCUCCUGCUGCCUCACCUGCUAAAGGAUCUUCCCCUGCCAAAGCCGCUGCUCCAGCGAAAGGAAAGAAAGGAAAACGAGACGGAUACGUCCCUCCGUAUCUCCCCCAUGCGCGCAGGAAUGUAGAUGUCCAUGCGGCGGCGAAGGGAGGCUUCAGUGGAUGCCUCUGGUUAGAAGCUGGCAUGGAGCUGAGGUACGGUGCGAGGGCUAAUGCUGGUGAUUUGUGGAGCGUCAAUGAAUCUGGGCCAUUGUGGACGAGCCCAAUAUGGCCCGUCUGGUCGGUGCGUGAACUAUUCCCUUGCCUACUCAACUCUUCUAUCCUUCUGCUCGAUGGCUGCUUUGCGGGUGGCAAGAAGGCUGCUGGCAAAGUCACGGAAAAGUCGACCUGGGAUGCAACUACCCUAGAAGCCAAGUUCAAAGAAAAAAAGUUGACUUGUGAUACGACGGACGAAGGAGAGUUAGAGGCAAUCCAGGAUGAAUCGAUUCCGAAGCAGACACUGCUAAAAUAA